AUAGACGAAAAUGUCAGCGGAAUAUUUGGGUUUGGGAGAAAGGAUGGUGUAAUGUUUUCGCUUGAAUAAUUAGUUAUUUCCACAAUGGAUUCUUAUGAUUCUGAUCCAGAUAGUAGCGAUAAAUGUAAUUUGAACGGUGAUUGUUCGCCUUUAUCGGAUAAGUUACCAAACGACUUAAACCACACCAAAAAUAUUGAUGACAUAGCUACGCCUUCCGAACUUAAUUUCGAUCAGGAGUUUGCAUUUGAGGACCCUGAAAUAAAGGAGAAGAAGAAAGAAAUAGAGGCAUGUUUAGAAAAUCCAGAUGUUAUUAAUGUUAAUCAAUGGGAGACCUUUGCAAAGACGAAAGCAGGAUUAAUAUCUGAUGAGUAUAGAAGAAAAAUUUGGCCGUUACUAGUUGGUGUCACACAGGACGAGUUAACUGAACCACCUUCAUUAGAUGAGCUCUCUACACAUCCUGAAUAUAAUCAGGUUGUACUAGAUGUAAAUAGGUCAUUGAAAAGGUUUCCUCCGGGCAUUCCAUAUGAACAAAGAGUGGCCUUGCAGGACCAACUUACUGUACUCAUUUUAAGGGUUAUUAUAAAGCACCCACAUUUGAAAUAUUAUCAGGGCUACCACGACGUAGCAAUAACACUUCUUCUAGUGUGUGGUGACAGAGCGUCAUUUCCCUUGCUAUGUCGUCUGUCUUAUGGCCCAAAGGCUCCCCUGGCUCCAUUCAUGCAACUAACAAUGCAACCCACCCAGCAUUUACUCAAUUAUAUGCUCCCUGUCGUAAGGCGAGCUGAUGAUAGACUGGCUGAAUGCUUGGACAAGUCCGGUGUAGGUACAAUGUUUGCGCUACCCUGGUACCUUACCUGGUUCGGUCACAGCCUUAACCGAUAUAGCGAUGUAGUAAGACUAUAUGACUACUUCCUGUGUGCACCGCCCUUAUUUCCUGUUUACGUCACGGCAGCGAUAGUCUUACAUCGAGCUCCGCAAGUGUUCUCUUGUGAUGCAGAUAUGGCGAUGAUGCACUGUCUUCUGUCUAGGUUACCAGAUGACUUACCAUUUGAAGACAUCCUGGUGGUAGCUCAGAAGUUGUAUGAGAAGAAUGAUCCAAGUGAUUUGGAAUCAGAAGUUGCCGCUCUUGAGAGGAGAGAAGAGGAGCAGCGAAAAGUCGAUGACGAGCGCAUGCGUCGGCGUAGAGCGGGUCGUGUGGUGCCGUCUCCCUCUCUCCCGUAUCGCCUCGCGAGAUACCUCCCCGCGCCCCUCCGCCGCACCCCGCGACGCACGCUCUUGGCCCUCACGGCGGCCAUCUUGGCGGUCUACGUUUACUACAAACCGGAAUUGUUCAGGUAGCGGCACGCAUAUCAGUUUGUCCUUUUCGCACUGUGAACUAAAAAGAGAGAUGGAUACUUUUUUUGUCCUUUAAGAGAAAUUUUGGGUAUGGUGGGUAAUGUUAGACUUUGUUAGAUUGUGUUAAUGUUUUAAGGAAAUAUAAAUUUAUUAUUUUUCUAAUACUUUCUUGCACAAAACACUAUUAAUCGUUUGAAUUUUUAAGUGCUAUAUUGUUCCUAUAAAUCUUAUGUUUUAAUUUGUUUGUGAUCGUAUUCAUUCCUUAAACUUAAGCGCUUUAUCAUCUCACGGUGCUUCACGUUGCUUGGACAAACUGAUAUUGAUCCUUUGUGGAUCGUAUUGUAUUAGUGUAAGGAAAUUUAGGGGUGUAAUAAAACCUAUUUAUUCGAGUAGUGUUUAAAUAUUGUAUAGUACUGUGGUACCGUUUUGCACUUUUGUAGGCAAGUAGACAGCGUCUGUACAUUACAUAGAUAGCAUUUUAAAUGUCAAUUGUCAAAUAAUAGGCAGUGCUGGUAAAAAGUAUUAUACAUUUACACUGUUAAGUGGCAUGUUAAUUAUGCGAGUUUAGUGUUUAUCGACGUGGUUAUAAAAUACAAGCAAGCAACAUGAACAAUGAUUUGGGGAAAUGUAUUUAAAAUCAAUAAAAAAAUCCUCAUAUAUUUUGCAUAUGAAAUAAAAUAAUGGGAGUCAAAGUAAAUAAAGUAAACCAGAAGACCUUACUUAUCGAAGGAUACAGUUUUACACAUCUAGCAUCGUCUCAAUCUGUCAUUUUAUACAGUUGUUUGAAUAGGACAACAAUUUGACAUCAACACAAUAAAGUCUAAGAUUUUAAAAAUGGCCAAUAGGUAAUCAAAGUCCCAAUAAAUAGAAAAAUUGGCUUUCAAAGUAAAUGAACUGUGUUUUUCUCUUCUUUUAAUAUAGUAUAAAUUAACAAAGCUUUUUGUGUCUUCCAUGCAAUUAUUACUUUGAUGACCGCCAUUUUAAGAUCAGGUGAUUGUAUCAGUUUAAUUCUAAGUCUCCUUUCAUAACAGCGUAAAUACCAUUUGUCAGAGACAAAAUUUUACAGUACAGAUUGAUUUAUUUUGGAUAAUUAAGGUAUUGGUUUCAAAAAUAUCAAGAAUAAAUGUUCCCCAAAUGUUGUACAACUUAUUAAAUUAUUUAUUGGAUUUAUAAAAUUAAUCAUCACUAAUGUGUUAAAAUGUGAUAUUAUUUAAAUAUUUUCGUUACAUUUAAGCUGUCAUGCGAUAAAGCGAUUCUCAUUGUGUAAAUAUUAUUUUAAUGCAUUAAGUUUUAAUAUGUUAAUGUUCUAGAGUCUUUGGGUAAUGUAGAAUUUACAAAACGGUGUAGAAUUAAAAAAAAAAUGUAAUCGAAAAACUGUUAUUGUAAAGGUUGCAUUAUAAUGUAUAUUGAC